CAAGCUGCUGCUCUUCGUCGUCGUCUCCGUCUCCCACGAGUCGUUCUACUUCUCUUCCUCCCUCCUCCCGCACGAGAGGAUGAAUCAAGGCCACCGCUAGGCGAGACAGACGACGAUGAUGGCGUGUCGGCGGCUGGCGAGGGAGGCCACGGCGCAGCUCCGGCGUGGGGCCGCCCCGCCCUUCGCUCCCGCCCGCGACUUCUCCUCCGCCACCGCCGCCUUCCGCGCUCCCGUCGCCAGCCCUGCUACCCAGUUUCUGGCGCGCUAUUCGAGUUCCUCUCUUCAAGCUCGCGCCUCCAAGUUCGGAGCUUCCCUCGCGGCGAGAGUGGCCCUUGGAGUCCGCCCGCAGUUAUCAGGUCUUAAUCUGAUCAAAGGAUUUGGGAUCAGCACUGUUCUAGCGAUGACGCUUCACCAGGGAAAGGUUAAUGCUGCGAAAGAAGAACGACCUUCGAAAGACAUUACUGGGCCACCCUCGGGAAUUUUGAAAAAUGAGUUUACUUCCUUGUGGCAAUUGGUCAGGAAACUUCAGCUGCCCGUUGGAUUGAUUUUUCUGAUUGUGUCUGGUUGGCAGAACCCGUUAGGUCUUGUCAUCAACGUUUUGCUUCUCAUCUACUGCUCAAGGCCGAACCGCUAUUCAAUAUACUUGUUUCUUCAGGAGCUUCGUCAUAGGGAGAUGCAUCAAAAUCAUGUGGUGUUGAAGGAGGAGUUCUUGCAUACAAGAAAAGUUGACACUGAAGAUUACAAGUUCUUUUCUAUUGGAACCGUUGAAUUAGCAGACGGAAAAGUGCUGCAUCUCAUUGGAAUGCUGGGCAGCUGGUGGAUCUACCGUGUGUCAUAUGUCGAGUGAAAAGAGAGGGUGUAGUUUUGUGAAAUUUACUCUCAGUUAAUCGAUGUACUAGAAUCUGGGAUUUCAGUGAUAGUAGGAUGAAAAAACUAAACUUAUAUUCUGUUUGCCCCCUUCUGCUUUGCGUUAAGCAAAGAAAGGCAUAAAGAUCACUCAUUCAACAAUGGGAAAGGAAAUUUGGAAAAGAAAGGAAA